CACAACAAUAAAGCAUCCGCACUGGCCACUCUCACCAUUAUACGCCCUAAAGUAAUCUCACCUACUUACCCGACUCUUCGUUCAACCUUACUACUGCGCAAUACACAUAACCACCGCCCUGAAGACAAUUCAGCAGAAAGAUGGAUCUCUAUGAUGGGGAAGGCGGCGCAAUAAACGUGCGCUUUCUUGAAGCUAACAGUGUACGCGCACGCUUCAUCGUCCAGAACUGGAACCUCGAGACCGCGAAUUCGCUGCGGCGAGUGAUGCUUGCGGAGAUCCCGACAAUCGCCAUCGAUGUCGUCGAAGUCCUCGAUAACACCUCCGUACUCGCCGACGAAUUCAUCGUGCACCGCCUCGGACUCAUACCGCUUGUCGCAAAGGGAGUGGAGGACCUGCUCUACAACAGAGACUGCGAAUGUGAAGGCUACUGCGACCAAUGUUCUGUAACGUUGACACUGAACGCAAAAUGCACCUCGAGUGAAAUCAUGCGAGUGCACGCGCGCGAUCUAGUACCAUCGGCCGGAAGAAUACAUGAGGAGCUUGGGAAUCCCGUAAUCACAGAUCCAGAGGGACUUGGAAGUUGCAUAGUGAAACUGCGUAAAGGCCAAGCCAUUCACAUGCGCUGCAUCGCGAAGAAGGGUAUAGCAAAGGAACAUGCAAAGUGGGCACCGAGCUCCGCAAUCGGGUUUGAGUAUGAUCCCGGAAAUAAACUGCGCCAUCUGGAUUACUGGUACGAGGAGGAUCCCAAGAAGGAGUGGCCGAUCGACGAAGAGAAUCUGAAUCUCGAUGGUGGCUUGCCUACCGAGGACGAGCCAUUCGACUACAACGCUGUUCCAACGAAAUUUUUCUUUGACGUAGAAACUGUUGGUGGCCUUGAUCCCGACCAGAUCGUACAGUUAGGCAUUCAACAUCUCCAAAAGAAACUCGCUGGUGUCAUCGGUGAACUCCAAGGAGAAAGCGCAGACGGUGUGGACUUCGGCGGUGCACAGAGUCCAAAUAUGAAUAAUGGUUAUGGAGGCCAGGACGCUGGCUACACAACACCCUACGGCGGCGGUCAAAACAGCGUAUGGGGUAAUGCUGGUCCAGGAGGAGGCACCACGCCUUACGGAGCUACACCCUACGGUGGCGGUCAACAAUGGUGAGCCACUUCGCUGGAACAGUCAUAAACGACUUCAAUCGGCGUGGCUUGAUUCAUGCGAGUCCUCGUGACUACUCCUCGACAUCGCCUACUCCGAAGAUUUAUUUUGGAUGGACCAUCUGCUCAGUGGCUGGGGAGACUGGAUGUAUGAGUACAUGCAUUAGCAUUAUAUAUGGAGUUGGUCAGGGAGGCGCUGGUGCAUAAUUUCCAGGCGAGCUUUAAUUUCAAGACUGGCAACGAAACCGCACAUAUUACACCGAGUCCAGCAUGGCACCGUACGCGUACGGAAUCAGGGGCCUUUCAGAAUACCAAAAUCACAGUUUAAACCAAGCGCCGUAGAGGCGGAAGGUACAGAAAAGAUGACCUGGUCAUUUAUUAUCAAGUAUCCUAAAAAAAAGAGGCAACUUCGAUGAGAAGCUACCUAGGCAAGCAGUCAGGCAGAUAGCUCGCUAAUUCUCUUUAAAGAAUGGAUUUGAUUUCCAAACUAAGCUCUU